UGGGGUCGGAGCCUAAAACCGAGCAAUUUUGAGAGUUCAUCUUAUUCAACAAAUUAUGAAUGUUUAGACAGUAACAUGUAACAAAAUUGUCAAAAAUCAAAUCUUCAAAGCCCUAACUAAUCAUCUUUGGCAUUUUAUACCCUUUGAAAAAGAAAUUGUAGCAAAAUUUUCGGUUUUAAAAUAUCUAUUUUUUCACGGUCACAACUUAUUCAAACUCCAAAAAAAUUUUGAAAACGAAAUUAGUUUUUUUUAUUUUUUUUACUGAAAUUCAAAGCAAAUUCUUUGUAGAUUUAGCACACGGCGUUUUGAUGUCAUUGUAUGCAUGGUUGAUGAGAAAACGUAUACUGAGAUGGGAUCUUCAAAUAUUUUUGCGCCUCUCCAAAUGAAGUCCUUAAUUUAGCAGCCGCAUCUAGCUUGUAUCAGGGCAUGAGCCCGCGACCGCCAGGGAAAGAGCGAGGCGAGUACAAGUAAAGGGAGAGGACAGAGGGUGGGGAGCCUGAGGCUCGGCCCGAGGCCAAAGCCCGAGGAUAUGGAAGCAUGGAAGCGACGCAAACAAGCCGGCGCCGGGGGAGGGACACCCCCGCCAGCGAGGGUUCUUUGUCUUGCUGCCGGCGUCGCUCGACCAUCAUUGCUGAGUGAUUUGUUCAUUGUUGGCUACAGAUGCAGGGCAAGGUGGCAGCCCAACAACCUCAGCAUCAGCAGUAAUGAGUCAAAACGACGGGGGGCGGCCUCGGGAUCGGUCGCUGGUUCUGCGUACCGGCAGAGAGCCCUACCGGAGCCGGCGCGGAGGCCACCGGCCAACACGGCAGCCGGCGCUGUGCGCGGAGGUGCGGGUGGCCGUGUUUGGUAACUCACACGCCAUCCGCGCCUUCGUGCACCCGAUCGCCGAGGACGCUUCCCGGCACAUCGGGCGGCACCGUCUCGACGUCAAGUGGGUGCGGCCGGACGGCGGCACGAUCGGUGGCCUCGGUGGCGGCUCCAGCGAGGACUGGCGUCGUCUGGACGCCGCCACCCAUGCUCUGGACGGGGUCUGGCCCUCCUUCGCAGUCAUCUGCGUUGGCGGGCCGGCCCUCGUCCCGAGGCGGGGUGACCGCGUCCAGGGAGCACCAGUGCCUCUGCUCGAGGACGCCGCCGGGGCCGCCGCUCGCGUCGUCUCCGGCAUGGAGCACUGGCUCAGCACCCUGGAGCUGGUGAUCCCAGGCACCCGCGCCGUCAUCCUAAGCGUCCUGCCGGAGAGGGACCUGUCGGCGGAGGCCCUGGACAUGUUCCGGGGCCUCAGCCUGACCCUCUGGCAGGUCGCCAGGCAGCGCGGGGCAGCCUUCCUGGACGUCGAGGCGGUCCUGCGCCGGGAUGUCGCCGGCAUGGCUCCAAGCUCCGCCACCGCCACCCCGGACCCGGCCGUGCUCCAGGGUGUCACGCCCGGCCACGCCUCCUCCCGCCCCGCCACCGACGACACGGCCCCGGGGCGCGGCACCAGCCGAGCGGCCCUCCAAGCCGCCAUAGGCCACCUACAGCUGGAGGCUGAGGAGGGCCUGCUACCCAACCGGCUACUCACGGCCUCGCGGGCCGUGGCGUCCGUCGCCACCGAGGUCCUGGAGGAGGCGGAGAGGGCGGCGAGGGAGGUGGCAGCGUGCCGAGCUGCCCUCGCCGAGGCCCAGCGCGCGCCGGUCCCGGACGUCGCCUGGGCCACGGGGUGGGUUCCCGGACGCCCGCCGCCGCCGGACGCCAACGCCGCUCCACCGGUCUCGGCGUUGUAUGAUGAUGACGGCGUCCACCUGACGCCGUCAGCAUACAGCGCCAUCAGGCGCGAGCUGGUGAGGCUGUGCCUCACCAGCGAGUAGGCCAGCGCAGUGCUGGCCUGUAGCCACGUGUCAAGUGUUUAGCUUUAUGUUUAUUUAAUCUUUCUCUAGCUUUAUGUAGUCCAGAUAUGGUCCAUUCUGCUGAUAUCAGGGAUUAGAGAUGUCAAUCAGAUACCAAUUUUUUGGUAUAACGAUACCAACCGAUACCGACUUGGUAUUUGGUAUUUCAAUCCAAAUGUGUUUGGUAUUUUUGUUUGUAUCAUGGAUCCUCGCUAAUGUGAAAGGGGCUGUGAAUUUGGUUAAAAGGUUGUAUUUCCAUCAUAUUUCCUAGUUGGUUCGGUCUCAGUAUUUUCCUACGGUUUUGGUUGGUAUUUGGUUUGGUAUCGGUAUUCAGAUUUUCUGUAACUGACAUCACUAUCAGGGAUACCUUCUAGAACAGAUGGUCUUCAUGCUAGUCCUUGGUUCCUUAUGACAAGUACAAAUCAUAUGAGGCGAAGGCUGUGAUGAGUAGUUGAUGUUCGUCAUAUUUUCUCCAGGAGCGUAGGUAAACAUAUUUCUGCUCAGGCGUAUUAAUUUGGGAUCUAAGUAGUUUCUCCUGCGUUUUCUUUUUUAUAAUCAUAACGUGAUCUUCUAAUGUCGUGUUAUGGGCGCCGAUGACCACUGCAGUCCGGACGCCCAAAAACCUCAAACCAUCGCCGUCAUCAUCAUCAUCAUCAUCAUCAUGGCUUCUUAUUCUCAGUGGCAUUUAUGAUGGGACCUUUCGUUCAGCUGAUGGCUGACCGCCCGGUGACGACCGUUUGUGUAGUGUUGUGCGACUUUGU